CACACUUUGCCGUUCACGUCUCCACCUCUUGCACGACCCCCCGUCUCCUAUUCUACUCCCAACACCAAAAUGAUGUUCAAGAGCCUCUCCGCCCUCGCCGUCGUCGCCGCCCUCGCCGGUGUCAACGCCCAGGACGCGACCUCGAGCGCGCCCCCGACCUCCACCUCGGGCAUCUCCACCUGUAUCCUCACCUGCAUCGAGACCGCCGCGACGCAGGGCGGGUGCUCCGGCAUCACCGACAUAAACUGCCUGUGCACGAACACCGCCGUCCAGCAGGCGUCCCUCACUUGCUUGCAGUCCAGCUGCUCGUCUGACGAGGUCGCCGCCGCCGUCGCCCUCCAGUCUCAGGAGUGCGCCGCAGUCUCCGGCGCGAGCUCAAUCUCCAGCGCCGCCUCGACCGACGCGUCCUCCGCCACCAGCGCCGCCACCAGCGCCGCGACGAGCAUCGCCUCGGGCGCGUCCUCCGCCGAGUCCUCCGCGACCUCCGCGCUCUCGAGCGUGUUCAGCUCGCUCUCGAGCGCCGCCUCUGCGGGGGCGAGCAGCGUGUCGAGCCGCCUGAGCAGCGCGACGGCGAUCAGCAGCACGAGCGGGGCGAGCAGCGCUGGGGCGAGCCAGACGAGCAACGCGGCGAGCGCGAUGUUCCGCGCGAGUGUGGGCGGCGCGGGCUAUGGGGGAUUGGUGGGUGCGGGCGUUGCGCUCGUGGGUGUUGUGGUGGGCGCCGGAUUGGUGUUGUGAGCGUGAAGACGGAGUUGGAUGAGGAUGGAGUGCGACUUGAUGGACAUGGACUUCUUGACGCUUACUAGUUGACGUGCUCGCUGUUGUCUUGCGGUGCGCUGUGUUGUACCUUGGCGUAAAUUACAGGGAUGUGUCUGCGCACUGUCUCUCUAUCUGCGUGCAUCAUCAGCGGUGCUUGGAAUGUAGUUUGUUUGCUCCGGGGGAGACG